AUGAAUCUUGAAGAUGCCCUGAAUUCUGAAACAGUGAACAGCCCGUGGCCAGGACCGAACAACCAGCCGUCCGGAGGGCCUGUGUGGCCCGGACAGCCAAACCAGCCAACUUGGCCCGGGCAACCCACAAACCCAUCCACCUUGCCUGGGCAGCCCUCCAACCCAGUUUGGCCUGGACAACCAUCAAACCAGCCAGGCUGGCCAGGACAACCAUCAAACCAGCCAGGCUGGCCAGGACAACCAUCAAACCAGCCAGGCUGGCCAGGACAACCAUCACCCCAGCCAGGCUGGCCAGGACACCCAUCACCCCAGCCAAUUGUGCCAUAUGACCAGUCACUACCCAGUGGAGUGUAUGAUAAGAUGCUCAUCACCAUUCAUGCCCAGGUUAAACCCAAUGCAAAAAUGUUCACAAUUAAUUUGUCCAAAGGAAAUGACAUCGCUUUACACUUCAACCCUCGUUUCAACGAAGGAGGGAAGCAGGUCAUCGUCCGGAACAGCAAGAUUGGAAAUCAGUGGGGAAAAGAAGAACGGGACCUUCCCUCCUUCCCAUUCAGUCAAGGACAACAUUUUGAGCUGAAAAUCUUGUGCACGAGCAAUGCAUUCAAAGUCGCCGUGAAUAAAUCUCACCUGCUGGAGUACAGACAUCGGAUCCAUGACCUCAGCAAUAUCAAAGCUAUAAGCAUCUACAAUGAUGUCAUCCUCACAUCUGUUAACUUUGAAACUUUAACUUUGUCCUGA